AUGUUUAUAGAAUUUGUACAAUUUUCCAGUGCACUGUCUGGUAAACCGAUUAUCGCCACCGACAACCCACCACCUGAGCUACUUCCACCAUAUGGACGUGGUCGUCAAAACUAUGAUGAUGAAUUCAAUCAGUUCAUCAUCAUAUCAAUAGUCACAUUUAGUAUUUUAUUUAUUCUUGCAUUCAUUGCAGUCAUUUUAUAUUAUUUGAUAAGACGAAGAUUAAGAUUAUCUGAAGAUGAAUUAAGAAGAGAAGAAGAGAAUCAAGCUUAUUUGGAAUUAAAUAGUGAUGAGCAAGAAUUAUAUUUCCAAUCAAAAGAAUAUUUAGCUGCAAAUCCAUACAUAAAUGGUGAAUUAACAAUGAGUCAAAAGCUUUCAAUUCAAGAAAAGGGAAUUAAUGCAUUUGAAUUUCAAAAAAGUCAAAUGUUAACUCAUAAUGAUUUAACAAUCUUGAAUAAAUUCGAAUUAAACUUCUUUAAAAAUUUCGAAUGUUCAACUCAAACAAAUCUUCCAAUCCCCAUGAAGAAUGAAGUUUACUAUUUCGAAACAAAAAUCUAUAACCUUCCACAGCCUGAAGAAACAUUAAUCUCCAUCGGAUUGGCCAUUAAACCAUAUCCUUGGUUUAGACUCCCUGGUCGUCAUACCCAUUCAAUAAGUUACGAUUCAGACGGAUAUAGAAGAUAUAACCAACCGUUCAAAUUCAAAACCGACCCACCAUUCCCUAAAUUAGCUCAAGGUGAUGUCGUAGGAAUAGGAUACAGAACCAGAUCAGGCACAGUCUUCUUCACCCGAAAUGGCAAAAAAGUGAGUGAAUCCAAAGUUGGUGGCCAUAUCCGUAACUUCAAAAUCCAAAACCAAGGACAAAUCUACCCCAUAAUUGGUGCGAAUAACAUUUGUUCUCUUCAUGUAAACCUCGGACAGAGGGGAUUUGUGUUUAUAGAAGGAAAUGUGAAAUCAUGGGGCUAUGCUCCUUUGGAAGGUUCUGGACCGGCUCCUCCAGCAUAUCGGAAAUUUAAUUCUGAUAUCUUGUUAGAAAGAUCGGAAGUGGAUGAUGACAAUAAUGAUUUAAGUGAACGUGAAGAUGAUUUCCCACCUGAGUUUUGGGAAAUACAUGGAGGGAAUGAAUCGGGGUCAGGUCCUUCUCCUCCACCGAUUGAACAUGAUAAGUUUAGUUAUAAUGCUUAUUCGGAGGUUGGAUCUUGUGAUGAGAGGAUAACGUUGGAUACAUUGUGUAUUCCGCAUAGACCUCCUUCUUAUGAUGAAGAAAUUGAGGUUGGAAGUUCUUCUACCCAAGAUGUCGAUGUUGCUGAGACUGUGAAUCUAGAAUUGGAAGAUGAGAACUUAGAGUCGGAAAUUAUAGAAGAGAAUGACGAGAACCAUUCGAACAGUAGAGUAGAGAUUGAAGAAAACAUAGAGUCAGAUAAUAUAGAACCUAUACUGGAACUGACAGAUGAUACCCCGGAAGGAGAAGCUGAAGACAACUCAAUUGAGCAGGUACAACAAGACGAGUCGAAUAAUAAUAAUGAAGAAUCCCAACCUUGA